AUGUCCGGCCGUUCAGCCAGUUCCAGAGGUGGACGAGGGUCGGCAAGGGGAAACCGCGGCCGAGGGAGGGGGAGGGGAUCCCGAGGGGGUGGCCAGGGUUCCCGCGCCCCCGGGACAAGUGCAGAGGCUGGAUUCGAAGCCCAAGCAACUCCUCAUUUCACCACCGAUCAACUUGUCGCCGUGGUAAAAGCUUUGUCUACUUCCACGCCUCCUCUUCUCGCACAAGAAACACCCGAAGAGCAGUAUGAAGAAGAAGAAGAAGAAGGGCAAAAAGGAAGACAGCAAUCCGACCAGGAUAAACCAAGCGCCAAAGAGGGCAGGGUUAUCCGAGAACUGGUGUCCAUUCUGUUUGACAAAUCUGAGGAAAUUACGAUAGUCAAGCUGCAGCAAGAAGCCAAGAAAAUCUCCAAGCGCCAGGAGUACCAGGAUCCGGGGAAACUGGCCACUUUUCUACAAAAGCACGACUUCUUUCAGACCAGGUUAAACCAAGAUGGCGUGAUGCUGGUCAAAGUCCGGGGGGACGUCAGUCUGUGUGGCAAGUACACCGCAUCGGCAUGUAAAGGCGAGGGUUGUCCACACUUCCACCUGUGCCGUAACUACGCGUCAGGGCAGGGCUGUUCUCAUGGGCUCAGCUGCAAGUACUCUCACAACAUGAAGGAUGAUCACAACAUCGUUGUGUUACAGGAGAAUUUCCUGGACGGCUUGUCAGAAGCGCAGAUUCUGUCCGCGAUCACUGGGAAAUCUCAAGAAGGUUCCAAAGCUGAGACGACCACAGACAAGACAAACCCGAAGAAGUCACGAAGACCGCCUUCGCCGCACCAACGCCCUCCGAGCCUGACGUCUCCUGAGGGGGAACCUCCGCGUCCUCAGCAUCCUCCAAGAAUGCCGGCGCCUCUUGUGGGCGCGCAUCCAGGCCAGAACCGACCCAAAAGACCCCCAUCGCAGCAUCAAAGUCGGAUACCCGCGCCACCUGCCGACGGUACAUCGCAGACGACACGACUGCAAGAGCUAGAACGGUUGCCUCGCGCUUGCUACUUCUACAACGGAGGACCCGGCGGCAAGUCGUGCAAGCACGGCGCAACGUGCACCUCGGGCCUCCACGUCUGUCGGUUCUAUCUCACCGGCACGUGUAACCGCAAACCGUGCAAACUGUCGCACAACAUCUUCGACGCUCAACCCAAGGACCUGCUGCAGAAGUGCGGAUUCGCGGGUAGGCCUGCCCAUCACAUCAUCGGUCUGUACAAGGAAAGCUUCGAGGCUAGGAGGAAAGACAACCAGGAGCCACAUAGGAGGCCUUCUACCGGGUCGACCCACGAUGACGUCACGAUCAUGCCUGAACAUUGGGAACCAAUAGGGAGAAUGGAGGACGACUUUGUACUUGUGGACAUCCCCCCGAACGGAAACGAGACGAACAGCAUACUGGCACCCUUCCACCAGACCCUCCCAGCGAGAGACACGAAGAUCCACUUCAUCAAACGGGUGCAGAACCCUUAUUUGUGGGAUCUGUAUUGCAAGAAGAAGAGCCAAAUGAAGCGUCAGAACAACGACGAGCUCCCGAGGGAACUCCGGCUCUUCCACGGCACCAACCAGGAGGCGGUCGCCCCCAUCUGCCGCCAGAACUUCGACUGGCGGCUCAGCGGCAACAACGUUGGUCAACUCUUCGGGCGUGGCAGCUACUUCACCAAACACGCAAGCUUCGCGAGCGCGUACGCGCAUCCCAGCUACCCGAGUGGCCACCGUUUUAUGUUCUUUGCAAAAGUCCUUGUUGGGCGGUUUACAAAAGGUGAUAGUUCCUAUCGCCGACCCCCGCCCUUGAAUGAGUCCGACCCAUACGGACAAGGCUACGACAGUUGUGUGGAUGAUGUUCAGAAGCCUGAAAUAUUUGUACUUUUUGAGUCGAGCCAGUGCUACCCAGAAUAUCUGAUAGAAUACUCGUACGUAGUAAGCACGAAGUGAACAUAGUUGACUUUGCUAAAUGAAAAGCACAUCAAGUUGACGAACCAAUGUUCUGGAGAGUUGGUGAGUUAGAAUAGACUUUACUUGAGGUCACCUAUAACAUUAUUGGAAGAAAAUAGAUCUGGAAUUCUAGUCCAACAAAAGGGACCAAAGCAAAUGCAAUAGACGAAAGGCAAUAAUACAUGUGAUUGCCAUUCCGAAAGGCUAAUUGAAAAAAAAAACAUGAACAACAAAUGAAAUCGGACAUUUUCUUUUAAAGCCAUGGCCAAGGAAUGGCCCCUUAAUGUCUGUGCUUUACUGUACCUACAUUCAGUCAUAUAAUUCCCGAAGGAAUAUCGAUAUGAUAAAAUGUAAAUAAAUUACUUGUGCUGAUAAUGAUGUCACAUGUUGUCCUUAUAUGCUACGUCGAAGUAACUUUUAAUCGCUGCUUAUGACGCCAAUGAAUGUACACAAUACGAACAAAUCCAUUUAUUAUAAAGCUCCUCUGUAAAUAGCACAGCAAAGACCAACCGUAGAAGAUAUGAGAUCGAGAACAAAAUAUAGUAUACAACAAUUGA